AUGCGAGGACGCGAGAUGCGGCCGGCGUUGGGGGAGGGGUGUUCGGCAUCUGAAGGUCGUCCGCAUUCCUCGCGUCGCCGACCGCUGCUACCGCGCUUACGUAGCGCCCCCGACCGCGCCUCACUGCCCCCUCGCCCUUCGCCCCCCGGCCGACCGGUCUCACCCGCUACUGCAGGUAGCGAAAAGCCAAUUGUGUACGAAGAAAAAAAAGAGAGAAUGGAAUGCGCAGAUGGUGUAGGGAGAGUAAUAGAGGUAUCGAGAUGCGAUAUGCGCGCUCUGUGUUCGGUUCGAGGGCUGGGCGGGGAGGCCCGAGCGUUGGGAGCAGGCGCACGCCUCCUAUCCCUCCGGAUGCCCGGCCAGCCUCAGCCAUUGCACUUCGUAGUGGAAGCCAAGGCCAGGGUGAAGGAAUUGAAAAUGUUAGCCUACGCACACAUACAACUUCAAGGCAUGACCGAUACAGAACUGUUCGGUCUAGCUGUUAUGCAAAAUGGCGAAUACCUCUUCGUAGAUUUAGAAAGUAAACUUUCAAAAUACGCACCGAAAAGCUGGAGAUCGUCCCAUACUCAUGGCUUAGAUGCAAAUGGGAAACCGCUUUUGGAACUUCAUUUAGUUGUCCAGUUUCACGUGGAAAGUCCGCUUCUUCUACACGAUCAAUGCGGUCGCCAUUUAUACUUCCUACAACUUUUGGAAAAUAUUCGUACAAGAGAUGUGCUCCCUGGUGAAAUAUUAUUAUUAUUAAUUGGAUUAGCACUCCAAGCAAAAUAUGGAGACGAAGAUUUAUAUGAAAAUCAAGAUUAUUUCAAAAUAGAGGACUUCGCACCACCCUCGCUUACUGGUGAAUGGGUUGUUUCGGCUAUACGAGCCUGUCAUCGCGAACACCAUGGCCUCUCCAAAUCCGAUGCAGAAAUAAGAUUCAUUCGAGAAGUCAGUCUUCUACCAGAUACAAUAAAUUCACACAGAUAUCGAUUGAAACAGUCAAAAACGGAAUUAGAACCAGGGACGGUGUGGUUGCUUGUAACAGCUAAAGGCAUUAAAAUUUUACCAGAUAAUGGGCCCCUGUCAAAUUUCAUAUGGAGCUCUAUAGGGAAACUUAGUUUUGAUCGAAAGAAAUUUGAAAUUAGAACCGAAGAAGGAAAAAUAACGUUAUAUUCUUCUAGCGAAGAGAAAUGUAAAUAUUUGUUCGCAUUAUGUAAGGAAACGCAUCAAUUCUCUAUGAAAAUUUCAUCAAAACUAAAUGAAAUAUUAACGAAGGAAGAAGAUGAAAGAAAAGUUUGUUUUGGAUAUUCAAAGGCAUUAAACUUUCAUUACUGUCAUAAUAAAAAUGAACAAAGAAUUUCCCUUAUAUCGUCAACGAGCUCAAACACCACAUCAGGAAUCGUUAGUGACAGAGUUCAGUCGGAAGAUGAAUUAGAAAUAAUGAUUGAUACACCGCCGGCACCUUCGACGGAGAGUCUGGCAUUCGCACAUUUAUUAGACUGUUCCAAUUCUUAUUUAAUUCGGCACAUGCCUCAUGACCAGCAUUCUUUAAAGACGAGGUCCUCGUUACAACUUCCUAUGUCAAAGACCAGAAUCAAGAAAAACACAGAAGACACUGAAAAUAUAUGUAACAAUGACAUUUCAUUGGACCGAGAAAGUGGUUCAACCAGUCAAGCAGAAGAAACAAUUUCUUUGCCAGAUCGUGUUACUGACAAGUCUGACAGCAGCCCAGGUUCAAGCAAAAUAAAAUGCACCGGCUCGCAAUGUUCAUCAUCGUGCAGUACAGUUAUUUUGGCCCGCGGAGGUCUCAGUACCUUGAGUAGAGCAUCAAAUGCCAGCAGCUUAGAAUUAGGCUAUAGUCACACGGCACAAAACUCUAUGAUAAGCGAUAACAGUACAGGUGCAGUCGAUGGAGAAUAUACACAAGAUACAGCAUCAGCUUUAUAUGAUGGUCUCGGCCAACCGGUUACAGUAGCAGCAUCAAGUGAAACUAGUGGAGUGUAUACAAUGGGUAGUUCUGAAUUAACGGCAGGGUCAAAAUUGUACGCCAAUUCUGAAGGAAGCCGAACAGAGUAUAGCGAAUCAAAUUAUGACAGUUACAAAAUCAUGAAGGAAAACGACCUGGCUGAUUUUGACAGUGUCUCUUCAAUACUUAAAAAUAAAUCAAAAAGAACUGAUGCAUCACCAAAUCUUUUAAAGUCACGAUUAUCUCUUACCAAUGACUGUGUUGACGGUACAUCACAAUUUUGUAGUGAAGCACGUGACCUCAAGCAAAAUAUAUUUAGAGAGCGUACUAACUCUAACGUAAGUGCCCUUUCAUUUCAUGGUGAUGGGAGUGACCCAACGGACAAUAAACAUAAUUUGCUUAGUGCAAGUGAGUUAAGCGAUCUGAUUGUUGGCAGGGGUGUUUAUCCUAAGAAUCAAUCUGUAAGCGACACUUUCGAUUCAGUAUCGGAUUACGUGAGGUUACCACUGCCAUUUACCGGUGAUAGUUACCUGAAAGGGCACGAAGACACUGCGCCAUCUGAUGAUAACUACCCAAACUUUGAUCGCCCUCCAACUCCACCCACAAGAAUUGAUAGUCGUAAAGGACUUAAUGUAUCUCUUCCUAAUAUGCUCAAUCCAGAUGAAAAUGUUGCGAGUUUACCAAAAUUCUUUGAGAAACCGCCCCCACCAUAUGAAUAUAAACAUUUAACUUUAUCUUCUAUGGUACCCUCUAAACCACCACCUGCAUAUCCUGGCACGGUACCAACGGUCCCUUUGAAACAAAUUAAUGAUAAAGAGGAAGUUUCAGCGAGAGUGGUCACCUCAAAACCAAUGAUAACUAUAUUAAAGGCAGAAGCAGGAGACGUUAAUAUUACUGGUGAACGGACAUUUGCUAGCCCGAUGGUUUUGGAACACCGUUUUCAAAAAUCUAAACGGCACCAAGCGUCAAGUCGUCGAGCUGAGCGAUCCAAAUUGGCUCAAGGACUCAGCAAUAACCUGUCACCUUCCAGAGAACUACCCCCUAGCAUAGAUUCUAAUGUCUUGGUGGCAAUGAUGAAAUUACCACCCCCGCCGCCGCCACCUCGCCGACCAAGGCUGCCACCACCACCACCCGUUAGUCGCCUACCGCCGCCACCACCUCCCACACACAAUCCUAUCUUCCACCAACAACUAUACAGCGACGUCGACUACGUAUACUAUCCUCUUCAAGAUCCUCUAAUAUCACAGCAGAACUAUUUAGAUCAUAAACUCACGGAAUCGAGGUUGUCUAACACACACAAAAACUGUUUACAAUACAGAAGCACCCCAUUCCUUUCUAAUUCUUUAUCCAUUUCAUCUACAUAUGGAUCGGUUCAAAAUCUAUCCGAUUCAUACAUACAAAUACCUGGAGCCAGAACAAGUUGGUAUUCCAUGACCAGUAGAAAUUCAGCAAGCAGCCAUUCUAUAAAUCUAGAAAGACCACUAGUUCCCAUGACAUUGCCAGAAUCUAUAAUGUCUCGAACGAAAUCUCAUGAAAAUAUCUUCUUCGUUAAGGAUAUGCCUCGUCAAAAGACAAGAAGAAUGCCGCCUCCGCCUCCCCCACCUUAUGAACACAAAAAGAAAAUCCCAUCACAUUUAAAGGACUACAGAAGUCCCAAUUGCAGCAAAUUCAACAGUGACGUUAGUGUUAAAGGAAAAUCUGGGAAUUGCGAUCUAGAUAUUAAAACACUCCGUGAAAAAAGUAAGAAUCUGGACUUACCUCUUAUAGCUGCGUUGUGCAAUGAUCGUUCAUUGUUAAAACAAACAAAAGCAUUUGGUGUUCCAAAAUUAAACAAACAGACAAGUAGUGACUGUGAAAGUGACAGAAAAAGUGCCAAGCCUUCUCAAAACACCACCGAUAACAUAGAUCUUAAGAAUAAAUACGAUUUUAACACUAGGGGGGCAGUGACUGGGUCACAAAAGAAAACUUUAGUAAGAAAUCCUACAGACAAACUUCCAGCAUUGCCCAAUUCUGAAACUCAUACUCCUAGAGCAAUGUCUAACACAUAUGUAAUGCAUCCAAAUGUUAAACAAAAGAAAUGUCAGCCGAGUUUAUAA